AUGUUUGAGUCCGACGAUAGUCAUAAAUUAAACGACGUAUUAAAAAUUUGCUCUGAAGCACUUACUGAGCUUAGCAUUGUACCCAAAGAUGAAGACAACAACGAUCAUAUUGAUAAUAAUCGAAUUAUUGCUCGUCUCGCACGAAAUUUUCUUGCCGAUAGAAUAACGGAAAAUAUUACAAGAUUCACUAAAAAUUUGAACCACAUGGAUGAUGGUUUUCGUUAUGUUCGCGAUGAAUUUUUCGUUUCUGAUGAUAGUGAACAAUUCGAUUAUUUUGUAAGUGCAAUGCAAACUGGACGUCCAAUUGGACUUACUACAGACUCUUACAACUCGACAUUACUCUUUGCAUGGGCAGUAUACAAUUCAAAGACAUACUUACGACUAAACAAAUAUAUCUUAGAAAAACGACAAGAGCAAAAUAAAUCGAUCUAUAUACUUAGAACCUUCGAUAGUGAAGAGAAUUCUGUUCCAUCUUAUAUUUAUGGUACAAAUCUUCCUAUGGAUGUUUACUAUUCGACAAAAUUAGUAUUGAUACAUAUAUUAACUGGUAAAGGUUACCUAACCAAAUAUGCAAUCGAUGAUAUGGAUUAUGUAAUGAUACUGAUCAAUGAUAAACAAACAAUCCAUAGGAAGCAAAAUGAUCUAUGA